AUGGGUGAGAGCGAAAGUUCCAAGAUUCAAGUCUCUCGCCUUUCAAUCAAAGCAAUCAUCUUGGAUAUGCUACUUGCUGGAGUAGACACAUCUCUUAUAACUAUAGAAUGGGCGAUGACUGAGCUGCUGAGAAACCCUAAAGUAAUGGCAAGGGCGCAACAAGAGAUUGAAUUGCAGGUUUGGAGAGAUCGCAUUGUAAGGGAGAGUGAUCUUGUAAACUUGGAUUACUUGCGGUGUGUGAUGAAGGAAACAUUUCGAUUACAUCCAGUAGGGGCCUUUAUGGUGCCACACCAAUCCACUGAGGGUUGCAAUGUGGGAGGAUAUUACAUUCCACCAAACAAGGGAGGAGGGGAUGCCCCCGGAAUGUCCAUGGGGAGUUCCGUUGUUCACUUGGCUGUGGCUCAGCUCAUACAUUGCUUUGAUUGGAGUGUGGAGGGUGAGGUGAAUAGGGAAGAAGAGUUUGGUUUGAGCUUACCUAAAAAGUUUCCUCUUUCUUCUCUUCCCUCCUGGAGGCUCACCACUGAAGGGCCACCAUAG